GGCGCCCGCUCCGAUCGGCUCGGGGCUGCGCCCCCGGGACCCGGCGACGGGGGCGGGCGGGGACGCUCCCCGCCGGCCUGGGCCCCUCGGCACCGCCAGGUGUGGAUCCAUGGGGUAGCCCCAAAGCAUCUCCCCUUCUGCCCCGGCCAGCUCAUGCCUCAGUACCCGGGGACAGCGAUCCGAGCCCUGCCUGGAGCCCAAACAUGUGGGGCCUGGUGAGGCUCCUGCUGGCCUGGCUGGGUGGCUGGGGCUGCAUGGGGCGCCUGGCAGCCCCAGCCCGGGCCUGGACGGGGUCCCGGGGGAGCCCAGGACCAGUGCUGCUGCGGAACCGAAGGAGCUGGGUGUGGAACCAGUUCUUUGUCAUUGAGGAAUAUGCCGGUCCGGAGCCCGUCCUUAUCGGUAAGCUGCACUCGGAUGUGGACAGGGGCGAGGGCCGCACCAAGUACCUGCUGACCGGGGAGGGGGCAGGCACUGUAUUUGUGAUUGAUGAGGCCACAGGCAAUAUCCAUGUCACCAAGAGCCUGGACCGGGAGGAGAAGGCACAGUACGUGCUGCUUGCCCAAGCCGUGGACCGAGCCUCAAACCGGCCUCUGGAGCCCCCGUCAGAGUUUAUCAUCAAGGUGCAGGACAUUAAUGACAACCCACCUAUCUUUCCCCUCGGGCCCUACCACGCCACCGUGCCCGAGAUGUCCAAUGUCGGGACGUCAGUGAUCCAGGUGACUGCUCACGAUGCCGACGACCCCAGCUACGGGAACAGUGCCAAGCUGGUGUAUACCGUGCUGGAUGGACUGCCUUUCUUCUCGGUGGACCCCCAGACUGGAGUGGUGCGUACCGCCAUCCCCAACAUGGACCGGGAGACGCAGGAGGAGUUCUUGGUGGUGAUUCAGGCCAAGGACAUGGGCGGCCACAUGGGGGGGCUGUCGGGCAGCACUACGGUGACGGUCACCCUCAGCGAUGUCAACGACAACCCCCCCAAGUUCCCUCAGAGCCUAUACCAGUUCUCGGUGGUGGAGACGGCUGGGCCGGGCACCCUGGUGGGCCGGCUGCGGGCCCAGGACCCCGAUCUGGGGGACAACGCCCUCAUGGCAUACAGCAUCCUGGACGGAGAGGGGGCUGAAGCCUUCAGCAUCAGCACAGACUCCCAGGGUCGAGAUGGGCUCCUCACUGUCCGCAAGCCCCUAGACUUCGAGACCCGGCGCUCCUAUUCCUUCCGCGUGGAGGCCACCAACACCCUCAUCGACCCAGCCUACUUGAGGCGAGGGCCCUUCAAGGACGUGGCCUCCGUGCGUGUGGCUGUGCAGGAUGCCCCAGAGCCACCUGCCUUCACCCAGGCUGCCUAUCACCUGGCGGUGCCUGAGAACAAAGCUCCCGGGACACUGGUGGGCCAGGUCUCAGCAGCAGACCUGGAUUCCCCAGCCAGCCCAAUCAGAUACUCCAUCCUCCCCCACUCGGAUCCAGAGCGCUGCUUCUCCAUCGAGCCCGAAGACGGCACCAUCCGCACGGUGGUGCCCCUGGACCGCGAGGCUCGCAUCUGGCACAACCUCACGGUGCUGGCCACAGAGCUCGACAGCUCCGCACAGGCCUCCCGUGUGCAAGUGGACAUCCAGAUCCUGGACGAGAAUGACAACGCUCCCCAGCUGGCCGAGCCCUACGACACCUUCGUGUGUGACUCUGCAGCCCCUGGCCAGCUGAUUCAGGUCAUCCGGGCCCUGGACAGAGAUGAGGUGGGCAACAGUAGCCAUGUCUCCCUUCAAGGCCCUCUGGGCCCUGAUGCCAACUUCACUGUCCGAGACAACCGAGAUGGCUCCGCCAGCCUGCUGCUGCCCUCUCGCCCUGCUCCGCCCCGCCAGGCACCCUAUCUGGUUCCCAUAGCACUGUGGGACUGGGGGCAGCCAGCCCUGAGCAGCACUGCCACAGUGACUGUCAGCGUGUGCCGGUGCCGGCCCGACGGCUCCGUGGCUUCCUGCCGGCCCGAGGCUCAGCUCUCACCCGCGGGGCUCAGCACCGGGGCCCUGCUUGCCAUCAUCACCUGUGUGGGCACCCUGCUUGCCCUGGUGGUGCUGUUCGUGGCCCUGCGGCGGCAGAAGCAGGAAGCGCUGAUGGUGCUGGAAGAGGAGGACGUCCGCGAGAACAUCAUCACCUACGACGACGAGGGCGGCGGCGAAGAGGACACGGAGGCCUUCGACAUCAGCGCCCUGCAGAACCCCAGGCCCCCCGGCCCCGCGGACGUGGCCCAGCUCCUGGCGCUGCGGCUCCGCGAGGCGGACGACGACCCCAGCGUGCCGCCCUACGACUCGGUGCAGGUGUACGGCUACGAGGGCCGCGGCUCUUCCUGCGGCUCCCUCAGCUCCCUGGGCUCCGGCAGCGAGGCGGGGGGCGCCCCGGGCCCCGCCGAGCCGCUGGACGACUGGGGGCCGCUCUUCCGCACCCUGGCCGAGCUGUACGGGGCCAAGGAACCCCCGGCCCCCUGACAGCCGGCCUGGCCCUGCCCGUCCGGUGGGGCAGCCGCACAGGCCCUCUGAGUGAGCCCCCACCCCCUGGGGUCCAGGCAGGCGGCAGCAUCCCGGGGUUGGGGGGGAGCCCCCAGGCCUCCUCUCGUCCCUGUGUCCCUCUUCCCAGCUUCCCCAGGGCAACCUCCUUCUUACCUCCCUCCUCCUGAGUCGUCUCUAUGUCUCCCUCCAGGGAUCUCCGUCUCUUUCUGUAACACUCUCCUGUCUGGGUCUGGAUUGUGUGGCUCGACUCUGAAUCUCUCUGUUCUUUCACUGUGAUUCCACUCUCUCCGUGACUCUGUGUUGUCUGCCGGAUUCUAAAUCUCUCACACCCCUCCCUCUGUCUCCCUUGCCCACACACAUGCUCUGUGUCUGUCUCCUGCCCACAUCUGCCUGCAUUCUCUCUGGGUCCCUGUGACUGGCUCUUCAGUUUUUUCUGUUGUCCAUCCCAAAAGCAAGAGAAACUUCCAGCCACUGCUGCCCACCCUCCUGCGGGGGAUGUUCGGCCCCAGACCUGCCCGCAUGGUUCCAUCCAUCACUCAUGGCCUCAUCCUGGCUCCACUGGCCUCCAGCAGAGAGAGGGUGCCAGCCCACCUCCCAGGGCUAGAGCUCCAGCGCCCUCCCACCCCAGGGCGAGAGCUCCAGCCCCCCCACCCGGCCGCCUCCCUGGAGCUCUGCCCAGCUGUUGGCCUGCCCUGGGCAUCCCAGCUCCGGGCAUUGUCUUGUAUGCUUCCCAGGCCCCAGGGGGAGGGGAGGGGAAGGAAAGGAAAGGGGGAGGCAGCUGGGGAAGGGGAAAAAGGGAGGAAGGGGAGGGGCCUCCAUCUCUAAUUUCAUAAUAAA